AUGGCAAAAGAAACUCAAAUAAAACCAAGAGCAGAAGAAGAUGACGACAGAGUUAAAGGAGAAGCUGACUCUGAAGGUAAUAAGAAGGCAAAGCCCAGAAGUAAGCAGACUGAAGCAUCCAGCCCGCUGUUAUCACAGCAGGACACACCUGCUGAAGUGCUAAGUAACCCUAUUUCCUCACCAAGCACUCGGAGAACAGAGGUAGUUUCCGUCGGUGGAGCCAAAUCCCUGCAGGGCCCUGAACCUGCUGAUAGAGAUCUGCUUGCUGCUGGAUCCCACAGAGAGGACACUCAGAGCCUCGCUGAAGAAAAGCCAAAGUGGGGGGAAAUCAUCAGUACCGCAGCCUCUCUUCUUCCUGCUGUUGGAAUAGCAGGUGCAGCUAUGGGGGUCCUUAGUGAGGCGGGGACAAGAGAACAGGGUUUCCAGUCUGACUCUACACCCCCCAAAACACCCAGCCGAGUCAAGCAAUUCACAAAGCAGAGCGCCGUUAUGCAACCUUCCUUUUCCACAACAUUGUCACAUUCUUCUUCAAAUCCACAAGAAGAAAGCUCAAAGGAAGAAGUUCAGGAUGAAGAAAGCAACGAUGCAUCUCAGUCACAACAGGAGGGGGUGAACAUUGGUGCAAAAGCUUUCCAGCAAGGACAUGAAGAAGAUGAGGAAACCUACAAGGAUCACGUGAGAGAAGGCGGUGUAGGUGAGGAUGAAGGGAAAGAUAAGGAGAGUGGAAGUGAUGUGGAGAACAAAGAAGCAGAGGAGGAGGGAAGUAAACAAAGUGAGAGUGUUUCUGUUGAGGAUGAGGAAGAGGAAGAUAAUGAAACUGCAGAGGAAGAUGGUGAGGAGGAAACAGCCUCCAGCAUCGAGGAAGAGGAAGAAGGAAGUGAGAAAAGUGAGGUCAAAGAAGCUGAAGAGGAGGAGGAGGAAGAAGGAAGUGAGAAAAGUGAGGUCAACGAAGCUGAGGAGGAGGAGGAGGAGGAAAGCAGUGAGGAAGCAGGUGGAGAAGGGAGUGAGUUUGAGGAAAGUGUGGCAUCAGAGGAGGAAGGAAGUGACAGUGAGGAGGAAGACCAUGAAGAAGAAAGUGAGGUGAGUGAGGAUGAAGAAGAUGAAAGUGGUGAAGAGUCAGGAAGCAGGGAGAGCAGCGAGGACACUUCAGCAUCUGUCUCGGAAGAAGACGAAAACCAGGUUGACGAAGAGGAGGAGGGAGAAACUGAGGAUCAAAAAGAUUUGAGCGAAAGUGAGAAUCAGGAUGAUGCCAGUGUUCAGGAGGAAGAGGAAGAUGAGGAAGAUCAAGAUGAAAAGAAUGAUGGAGACGAGGAGGUUACAGAGGAUGAAGAAGAGGAGGAAGAACAGAGUAAGGAGGAAGAGGAGGAGGAGGAUGAAGAAGAAGAGAGUAAGGGGGAGGUUACAGUGGAUGAGGAAGAAGAGGGUGAAAAGAGUAAGGAGGAAGAAGAAGAGGGUGAAGAAGAAGAGAGUAAGGGGGAGGUUACAGAGGAUGAAGAACAGGGCGAGGAUGAGGAAGAAGAGAGUAAGGAGGAGGAAGAAGAAGAGGGUGAAGAAGAGAGUAAGGGGGAGGUUACAGAGGAUGAGGAAGAGGAGGGUGAAGGUGAGGAAGAAGAGAGUAAGGGGGAGGUUACAGUGGAUGAGGAAGAGGAGGGUGAAGAGAGUAAGGAGGAAGAAGAAGAGGGUGAAGAGGAAGAACAGAGUAAGGAGGAGGUUACAGAGGAUGAAGAACAGGGCGAGGAUGAGGAAGAAGAGGAGGGUGAGGAGGAAGAAGAGAGUAAGGGGGAUGAGGAAGAAGAGCGUGAAGAGGAGGAAGAAGAGAGUAAGGGGGAUGAGGAAGAAGAGGGUGAAGAGGAGGAAGAAGAGAGUAAGGGGGAUGAGGAAGAAGAGGGUGAAGAGGAGGAGGAGGAAGAGAGUAAGGGGAUGAGGACAGCAGGAGGGUGA